AUGGACUACAUUGACACACUUUUAAUAAUAGAAGAUGACCUUGAUGAAGAUGAUCAAGAUGCAGAAAUGUUAGGUGCAUUUUAUGAACCCAAUGUUGACACAUUGAGCUCUGGUACAAACCCUUCUCAAAGUCAGAACCCUUCCCACUCUCAGUCAGAUGACCCACAUCCCACACUAGAAUCUGUGCCAGCUUGGUGCACAUGUGUUAAAUGUAGACCAAUGCCACAGGAGAUUGAAAACAGAUGCUGCAAACAAAAGAAAUGCAUAACCCUAACUUCACGUUUUGCAAAAUUAUGCCUUGAUCCAGAUGUGCUAGAGCUUUGUAUCCGAAAUAGGAGUGACAUCCGUAAUGAUAGAGAAGACAACAGCACGAGAGCAUUUCGCAAAGCUUGUUACAGACAAUUUAUAUUAGCACGCCAUGGCUAUCUAGCCAAAGGAAACAGACGAGUUUGUCCAUCUUGUGUAGUUUUAAAAAUUAGAGAAUGGUUUCCUUCAGUUACUGUCAGUCAACAACCAUUGAAUGCGUAA